CGAACGCAGCACAUGCAUUGCCUGCCGCAGCAGCAGCAGCAACCGCAGCAGCAACACAAAAUUCCAGAGCGCACGCGUUCUCAACUUUAGUUCUUUGCGAGUGGCCAACGCGUUCGGUCGUGGUGCGUGGUAGUCGGAUGAGUAGUGAAUAACCCCCGAGAAAACCGGAGUCAAAUCGAAGUGGUAGCAACAGCUGAAAGUCUCGAGAGCUCGAGAAGCGACUGCAGCUGUAUUCUUAAGCUACACAUCCCGGUGAUUCAGUAUCUGUGUGUGUGGUUGUGUGCGUUUGUGCCUGUGCGUGUUGGCCAGUUGAAUUCGGGCCCGUCAAACUGGGAGCGACAACCUAAUCAAUCAGUCACUCAAUAUGGCCAGUAUUUCUAAGAGCCGCGCCAGCAGCUGCUCCUCCAGAAAGGGGCUGCAUCUUCAACUGGGAUCGCUAGUCUGCGUGAUCGUCUUCUGCCUGCUGGCUUCGUGCUCGGCUCAGCCAAUCGAGUCAACCUCACUGCCUGCAGAAGUAGAUGACGUGGAAGUCACCACAAUACUACCAAUCCAGUUGGAGAAUAGUUCACGAACACCAGAAACAACUAUCAAGAAUGGAACAACUCCAACUCAUUCCGUCGAGGAACUCAAACUAGCAGAUCUUGUAGAUCUUACAGACAACUUUGUAUCGGUUUACGGCGGAAAUCUGGAGCAGGAUAUCAAGAAUGACGUGAACAUCGAGGUGGAAGAUGCUCCUUCUCCGGUGGAACCAAUCAUCGAGGAUGUUCAGAAGGCUGCGGAAGCUGCGCUUGAAAGUCAUGAAAUUAAAAUUGCGGUCAAAAGCGCUCGCGAGCCCAAAACCCUUGAUGCUGAAGAGGACUUAAACACAACCGAAAGAGAUCGGUUGGAGAGUCAAGAGGAACCAGAGGCUGUAACGGAUAACAUUGCCGUUUCCAGUGAGCAAAUUGAGAGGCACAUUAGACCCUUACCCAGCGUAACCAGUGACCUGGUUUCCGUGAUUCUCAACGAAGAUAAAGCUAUCACUGAGCAAUCCAUCACCAAUACCAAACUUUUGGCAUUGGAGCAGGAACACGAGGGAUUUGAGGUCGAUGAAAGUACUACGGCGCCAGUAUAUGAGGAACCCAAGCACCAAGUGACCAAGAAACAAGGCGUGGAGAACCAAUCUCCCGUUGAAAUUGCGCCUGAGGUGACCGAGGAGCAACAAUUGAAUCCUUCCGAGGAACCGCAGACUUUUCGCGACGAACGUAAAUUUGAAGAGCACGACGACAACCUGAAUGAGAUCAAUGAAAACACCAUUGAAGGUGAGGAGGCUCCAUCUAAAACGUCAACCACAGCAGCUCCUUUUGUCACCGUAGAACCCACUAAGUCAGUUACCGAGUCCAAUGAGGAGAUCGAGAAAAAGGCAGAAGUUGAGGCCAAGGCGGAAAUGGAGGCGCAAGUGGAAGUGAACACUCCUUCGGUAGAGGCAACUGUGGAGGCAGCGGAUGUUGAUGAUGCACAACAUGAAGUAAACGAUACUGACUCAACAGUGGAAGCUACCACAGAAGCUGCCAAGAUUGUUGAGGAGCAGGAAACCAAGGGAGAUGUUACAGUUCAACAGGGCCAUCUAAACGAACAUACAGUCCAGCCUGCUUCCGAGGCCAACCGUGAUGAAAAUCCCACCGAGAAAUCAUUCCAUAUGAAAGAAUUUAUAUUUUCAAAAGGUGAUGAUGAAUCCACGGUAGAAAGGGAUAGCUCCGAAUCAGAUGAAAAACCAACUGAAAGAGCAGUAGUCGAUGACGACUCCUCGGAGGAGCAAAACGAGCCCGUAGUGGAUGAGACAAAGACCUCUUCCGACGACAGCACCGCCACUCCGCUGGUCUCCUAUCCACCACACGAUGCUGGCCAGACCUUCGAUAGCAACUCGGCUGACGAGCACUCGGCCCAGCUGUCCGGAGCCACCAACUACCGGUCCAUCAUGAUCAUAGCCCUGAGCUCUGGCACCGCUGUGGUCUUUAUCGUGACCGCGCUGGUCAUCUUCAUGGUUUCCUUCCAACGGCAGCACGGCACUUUGGACAUUGAAAUGCAGGAACAGCGAUUGGGCAAGGAUGUUCAGGAAGAGGACAAUGUCCAGAUGAAGCUGCUCGAUGUGGAUCUGUCGUCGCCCGUCAUUCUGCCUAUGGGCAAUGAGGAGACCGAUGAAUGCCUGUAGACUCUCUCCUACACCAUGGCGCCCUGUAAAUAUUUAUUAACUCGGAGAUUUCGAUGAAGACUUCAGAACGCUUCUUUGGCCGGCUGUUCAAUUUGGUAUCUAAAUUGUUGACUGAGAGCAGCUGCAAGCUAAGCAAACGGAAACUCGAAUUGAAACGAAAGCAUUUGCCAUACUGUUUAAUUUUAAAUGCACUUUAGCUACUAAGAAUUUGCAAAAGUUCGACAAAAAUAUUUAUAUUUAGACUUUUUUAUAGAGUUAAGCUCUUUUUUAUUGAGUCUGAUGAGAAGUCAGAAUAAAUAUUUUCGAUUGGUCAA